AACGCGAACGGGUCUACAAAAAUAAGCGGUCCCUUGUUUUUCACCUUCCACUACACAGACACAAGUUCCCUCAUCUCUCUUUCGCGACGAAUCAUUUCAAAUUGUAAUGAAGCAUAUUGAUUGAAUUCGAGCCGUAACAGUAGAACAUUGCCUGGCAUCGGCAAUACUACUCAUCAACCCCUCGGGCCUUUUUUUCGUCUGCUCUUGUUUUCCAAACUGCAAUCAGACGUUCUAUUCAUCUUGUUCAAGUUGUGUGUGUGUGUCUCUAUGUGUGUGUGUGUGUGUGUGUGUGUGGCACGCGUCCGCUUUUGCCGUUGAUUAGUCGACUACAACUGCUACUUUCGGGGCUGUACACGACCUUACUAUUAGUCCCUUGUGUGUGUAAUAACAACAAAAAAAAACACAAACAAAAAAAAAAAACAAAAACAAGGAGCCUCGUACCGUGAAUGAUCUGCGAGGAGCCAAAAGAAUAGCGGCCAAGACCAUGGAAGAGCCGGAAUGGUGUACCCACUACUCCCAUUCCAGUUCAUCUCUCUUUCAAGUGAUUGAUGACAAACAGCAUCUCUUCUAACAUACCCGCGUGUGUUCACAUUCUUCUACGCACUUCACAACAGUUCAAAAAAAAAAAAAAAAAAAAAAAAGGAAAAGAAAAGAAAAGAGACCAAAAAACAUUCAUCAGCCGAAUGACAGUGGAUCAUCCGGUCGUUGGAAACAGCCGCAUUCCAUUUCUAUCGAGAUAUUAAGCAAAAAAAAAAAAAAAAAAGGGCGGGGGAAAGAACAAAUAAAACAAAACAAAACAAAAAACGUGAUGAGACGAGGUAGUACAUUGUGGGCUCGAUUGGAACGUGAAAUUCCGUCGGUCAACAUAAUGAAAUCGCUGGUAGUGUGCGCUUUCGUCGUAUGGACGGCGGUAUCGUCGUGUUGCGUGUCGGCGAGCAACACGACCGAGGCCAACGACGUUCGUGCAGCUGACGCUGAAUUGUUGCACGACGCAAUCCAAUAUUGCCCGUUGACGUGUUUCUGCGAUUUCGAAUCGUCGAUCGUCAGUUGCGCCGCAACAGACGACGAGGAAACGGGUUUCGGCAACCGCACGGCCGCGACGACGGCCGUGUCCGACCGCGUUUGGUCCGUCGUGGCCAACGCCGGCGUUCAGAGAUUGGACGUGCGUGAUUUGGUCCUAGAACGGCUGGACGAGACGCUCAUUAACGGGACGGAAGGCCUCAACGAGUUGAGUCUCGUCGCUUGCGGCCUAGCCUUCAUCGCUAACGCGACGUUCAAUUACCAUUCCAAUUUGGAGCGGCUUGAUUUGAGUCAGAACCAGCUGACAGUUCUUUCACAGGACAUGUUGACAGGUUUAAUCCGACUGAGGAGUUUGGACCUGUCGUCCAACAAGCUGACGCUGAUCGACGGCGCUCUGGAGACCCUGAUCACCCUGGAGCAACUCAACUUGCGCGGCAACGCCCUAGUCGCUCUUGGACCUGACAUUUUCAAAGGUUUGAAUCGCUUACAGUUCCUAAAUGUUGACGGCAACCGAAUCGGCGCCAUUGCGGAGAGUGCCUUUCAAGGAUUGGGCCAGCUGGCCCACCUGGUCUUAAGUUCUAAUCCACUGGAUGAAAUACAACACGUCGAUCUCUUUGCUGCUCGUCCGGCCUACGUCGACCUGAGCUCGGCCGGUCUGCAGAGUGUGCCCAGUCUCAUAGCUCGUUACGUCAGGGAUCUCCGACUGUCAGGUAACAAUUUCAGCCGACUGCACCGAGGGGACUUUGAGAGCGUUCCGCAAGUGCGGCUCCUCGUCCUGGACGACAGCCACAUCCAAGAGAUCGAGGAAGACGCGCUGGGCAGGAUGGACCUGCUGGAGCAGCUCUCACUCAACGGCAACCAACUGGCCAGCAUCCCAGCCAGCCUACCGUCUACCUCGCUCUCAGCCCUGCACUUGGAGGCCAAUCGAAUUACGGCCCUGCAGGCGGGGGAUUUCGUCGGUCUCCGUCGAUUGGAUCAGCUUCAUUUGGCGCGCAACGUUAUUGUCUCGAUCGCGACGGGGACUUUCGAUCAACUGACGAGUUUGACUCGACUGGACUUGCGAAGUAAUAGGCUGAGCCACGUCAGCACCAAGGUAUUCGGCAGUUUAGUACGAUUGCGUUUUCUCGAUCUGUCGGACAAUCCGCUAGUCAUCCCCGGAGCGGAUGCCGAAAGGCUACGACACUUGACCGCAGUAGUCAAGGUUAUCGUCGCUACCGAUCCCGAUCAACAAAAGACGGACGGCCAAUCGAUGGUUGCCAUGGCAACCGAUGUAUUGGAUGGUGCAGAGACAUCAACGAGUAUGAUUCCAGACAGCGCGAUGAGGCUCUCGCACAAUGGCGCUAAUGAAGCGUUGGAUGAAGCGAGUGAGAAAGAGGUGACACAAUCCGCCAAACAGGCGUUGGCUUUGGUGGGGGCGUUGCUCAGCCUGUCAAUCCUCAUCGUCGUCCUAUUCAUCAUUGCCGGCCGCUUCAUGAAGCGAUCGCACUGGAACCGCACCAAGACGACGGCGCUAUGGAAACGACGCGGCGUCGCCGGAGUUGAAGACGCGUCGGCUCAACUGCCGCAAAAAGAUUUCGUCAAACUCGGGUGGAUUCCGGCAGAAGAUUUCGAUCAUUGGAGCACGGUGCUCAUACAAAACGAUACGGAGCACGAGCGUCUCCUAUUGGCCGUUUCGCCACACCAUUAAAUACAAUUUGAAAAAUAAAAUAAAAAAAAAUAAACCCCUAGAAAAAAAAAAAAAAAAUAAAACUUGUCGACGCUGUUUCACAUCGACCAAAUGACUCGCACAGGCCGGAAUCAAAUCAAAAACGGGGAUCCGGUCACAUUCAUACCUCGAGGCACAAACGGAAAAGUGGGAAUGAUGGGGUCUGCAGCCAUCGAUUUCCCUCGCGUCUCCCCCCCCCCCCCCCCCCACAUCUCAUUCUCGUUCCUAUCCUGAAAAAUUCGAACGCAAAGCAGCCAGGGGCGACACAGUAAUAGCGGGGGUUUUUUAAAAAGAGACAGAGAGAAAGAAGGAAGGAAAAAAAAAAAAAAAUGGCUGUGUUCACUUACUCGGUAAAUCGGCGUAAAAGAGUUCGCGUAAAAGGAGCAGCUCCUCCUCAGGUCCUACUUCAAGAGCGCCAAAGACUUCUCCUUCGGGCCAAACGUCGCGGGAAGCACGCAGAAGAGCCACGGCCACAUGGAUCUUCGCCUCUUUCAGCAGUUUCUGAAUCUUGCCCAUGGCUAAAACCCUAAAUAACGAUGGAAAUUGAAAUUUAUUUAAAAAAUAAUAAUUGAUGAUAUCUUGAAAUGUGAAAAUAAAUAAAAAAAAAAU